AUGCCGAGCUUUUCACGAUAUAUAGUUCUGCUUAUUUUCGUGCAAGUUUUUGCAAGCGUUUUGGCAGAUGAAAAGCAUUUUGGAAAAAGCGACUCGACGCCACAGAGCGAAAAGGCAACAAAUUCGCAUGACGGUUUGCAGAAGAUUGAAAGCGAGGAACGUUUGGGAUAUCUGUAUAUUAACUAUGAAGCAACGAAAAAGCCAACGAAAAAGGUCGUAUACAAUACUACACAAAAUAUAACAGCAUUUGUUGAAGAAAGUGAAAAACCUUUGUUAAUUGUCAACGGAAAUACACAAGGUUAUAUAAAGUCAAACGAAAGUAGCUUUAAGAAUAAAGUUGAAGAAAACGAGCUUAGCCAUGUUAGGUUGUCUAAUUUCACGGACAGAAUUCCAAAAACUGACAAGAGAUUGUUAACGAUAAGCAGACAAGAACAGACUGCAGACAGUACAAUGCUGAACGUUCACCAGCCGGACACCGCAAGAAUAGAGCCAAAGAGAGGACAUGUGUUGAACAAAUUCCAAACAAGCUUUCAAAAGGCUGGAACACAAGAAAGAAAUAAAGAACGGUACAUGAAAAAUGGACAAACGGGAAUACAAAUAAAACAAGGAAUUAAAAAGACGGAGAGAGCAAAAUUGGGCAAAUGGGUUGACGGAUUGACGAAGGGGGAGCAAAGGACGAGAACGGGGGAAGACUCUAGGAAAAAUGGACGUGAGAGUUAUGAGAAGUCAAGGGAGAGUGCAUGGGAAAAUAUAGAACAGACAGGAGGAAAAGUAGAAUUAGAUAGAGCAGGAAGUGAAUGGAGGAAAAAUGAAAGAAAUGAGAUUAGGAAUGUGGAAAGUGAUAGGGAGUCAGCUUUGGAAUCGAUUGAGAAAUCAAGAAAGGGUGAAUGGAAAAAUAUAGAAGAGGAAAGAAAGGCGGUCGAAAGCAGUGGAGAAGUGGAGAGAAUUGGAAGUGAAUGGAACAAAGGUGAGACGACUCACAUUGGCACGGUGCAAAAAAAUGGAGAGAUAAAUGAGGGGAGAGUUGAGAAGUCAAGGAUGGGUAAAUGGAGAAAGAAAGGGGGGGAGGGGAAAAUGAUAGACAGUAAGGGAGAAAUGGAUAGAAUAGAGAGUGAGUUGGGCAAAGGUGAAACGAAUGAAUUUAGAAUUGAACAGAGUGAUGGAGAGACAGCUAAGGAAAGAAUUGAGAAGUCAAGGUUGGGUGAAUGGAGAAAGAUAGGAGUGCGGCGAAAGGCAGUAAUAGGAGUAGAAGAGCUGAGUGGAAUAGAGAGUGAGUUGCGGAAAGGUGAAAAGAGUGAAUUUAGAAUUAGACAAAGUAAUAGAAAGACAGCUUCAGAUAAAAUCGAAAAGUCAAGAAAAGGAGUAUUAGGAGAGAGGAGAAAGGCCGUAGAGAGAAUAAAAGAGCUGGGUGGAAUAGAUGUGGAGUUGGAUAAAGAUGAAAAGAAUGAGUUUAGGACUGAACAAAGUAAUGGAAAGAUUGAGAAUGAAGAUGAAUGGAGAAACAUGAUAGGCAGUACAGAAGAACAGAAACAAAUAGAUGGUGAUUUGAGCGAAGGUGAGAACAGUGAACUUAGAAUUGGAGAAAGUAAUAGAGAGAAAACUGCAGCAAAGGUAGGAGAAAGUGACCAUAGGAUUGAGGGCAAAAAUAGGCAAUAUAGAACAAGGUAUGUAGGAGGUAAAGGACAAGUGGAUCAAGGAGGUGGAGAUGAAACAGAAUACGGACGGAUAGGAAUGGUAAAUGAGGGUCAACAUGCGUUGGCAGGGGCAAAAGAGGAAGUUCUGAAUGGAAUAGAAGGUAUUACAAAACCUGGUUCUCAGAGCUGGGAGGGGACGGAAGGACAGGAUAAAACAGGACAGAGAUGGAUGGAAAAGAUGAGAGAGGGUGGACGUAGGGUAUUAGGUGUACAUGGAAAGAAUCAGGGAGGGAUAUUAGAAAAACAGGGUGAGCUAUGGAUUGAAGCAAAUAUAGGACAGUUACAAGGACUGAGAAAACAAGGAGUGAAUGGAGUAGGUACACAGGGGGGUAGGAUGGUUCUGGGAGAACUAAAUGAGAGAAUUAUGGGUGAACAAAGGAUGAUAGAUAGGGUUGAUAAGGGUGAACUAAGGAUAGGAGCAGCAAAUAUGGGAGAGUUAAAGGAAAGACUGGAGAAACAGGAAAGUGAUAGUGCCAAAGGAACCACCGAAAUGGCGAAAGAAGGUGUAUUUAGGGGUAAAGCGGUAGGAGGACGAGUAAUUAAAGGAAUGAUGACUGAACAAAGGAGGAUGAAUAGGGAUAGAGAGGGUGAAGGAACGAUUCUAAGGAAACAAGAAAGGAAGGCAGGAAUGACAGUCGGAAUAAAUGAAUAUAAAGGACGAAGUGGAAAAGAAAUUAAAAAUGAACAGAUUGUAGCAGAAAGUGGGAUAAAAGAAAGAAAAACUGGAUGGGAUAAGCUGUUGGGUGUAGAAGGUGGAGGACGAGAUGAAUAUUGA